UUCUUUACUACGACAGAACGGGUAAAGGUGCGGGUGAAGUGGGUGUGAUGUGGCCCUGUGCUGGCUCGGUAUCAAAUCUUUAAGUAAACAUUGUGGGUGACGCCCAAGAACAGACGACUGCACGGCGACUAUGCCUGCGGGAUCACACGGAGCCAGGUACACGGGCAGAACAGAUUGAGGGACCCCUCUAAACUACAAGACAUGAUGGCUGAAGGUGAUAGGCUCUCACUCAUGGUAGUCAAGGACUGGUGGCCCAAUGAAUGCUGAAAGUAAUCAAAAUCCCGCACCAUGCGCUGGUCUCCUGUGGUCAGGACUCCUUGCUUCCAUCUUUCAGCCCUCUUCAUCUUUACUCUAUUUCUGGCUUCUACUUGUUUCCAUGGCCUUCUGUAUUCUCCCUUGUUUCUACGCCAACGCCACCUCCAGCAAAUGAGUCGAGAUUUCUUACGGGAGAACCUGAAGGACGGGACAGACGCCUUGAAACACUUCCAGCAGUUUGUUCCAAUGGGACCCAGUAACAACUCUGUCCCUUGUAACCACAGACCCAUGGAGAGCCUGAAGGGUCCUGGUCCCCCCCUUCUUAUCACCAUCAUCACGACCAGACGCCGGCCUGAGUAUCACUACCUCCUACAAGUUGCACGUGGAUUUCUGGAUCGGCUGAAUGACUGUGGCCCAGAAUGUUCUGAUUUUAAGCUUUUAGUUUGCAAUGUGGACCCUUUGCCCAAUGCCCACGAUGACGCUUGCCUCCUCUCCCACCUCUUGCCAUCAGUGGCGCGCCAUCUUAGUGAACACGUAGCUGAAGCUCCCAAUCGCUUUGAGCAGGAGAAGCAGGACUAUGUGUACUGCCUGUCCCGCUCCCUGGAGCUCUACUCUCCACAAUACGUGAUGCUGGUGGAGGAUGACGCCGUCCCGCUCAUGGAUAUCUUUAGUGCCUUCUUCCAUUUGGUGCAAGUUCGUUUCCCUAAUGAACCUCUAGGGGGAGGGCUAUAUGCCAAGUUGUAUCAUCCUGAACGACUGCAGGGUUAUUUCAACCCCGAGCCCAUGCGGAUCUUGGAGUGGAUUGGCCUGGGAGGAAUAUUAGGUUUGAUUCUCACUUGGCUGUACACAGUUCAAUUUAUUCGUUCGCGGUUUCAUUGGCAUUUAUUUGCGGCCUUCACCCUCUAUGCCAUGCUGUUGGCAGAACUUGCAGGUCGACAUUAUCUGUUGGAAUUGCGUAGGGUAUCGCCUGCUCUUUACAAUGUGGUGCCCACUACAGAAUGCUGCACACAAGCCAUGCUGUUCUCCGAAGCCUCUGCCCGCAGGACUCUGGGAUAUCUAAAGGAGUUACAAUGUAAAAAAGGGUAUGCCAAGGAUAUCGCUCUGUACAAAGAACUCUGGAGAAGGAAGGAGCGGGCAUGGGCAUUGGAGCCCAACCUGGUGAAACACGUGGGGAUGUUCUCUUCUCUCAGAGGGUCGAAGCCAGGAUACGAGCCCCAGCUGCUGUGAUUGUUUUUAUAGAUGGAAAAGUAAAUUCCCUGCAGUUACAAUACAAGGUGCACUUCAGUCCCGCACAUGCGCAUUAGAUUGUGGCGCAUGCGCCAGGUUACAUAUUGCACAUGUACUUUCUUUAUGAAAUGUAAUGCAAAUCUGAAUGUUUGAAACUAGGUGCCUUAUAUUUGAUGUGAUUUUGCUUAUUCCAAUCAAAAUGUUUUUCUUAUACCGGGAGGUUGAUCUUCAUGAUGUUCAUGUCAUCCUGCACCAGAUAAAAGAACCAAUGUGAGGGAAAUACAUCUGGCUGGGGUCAUAUAAAUUGUACAGGCAGAGAUCAUCCUGGCCGUAUCGGGAUAGAGUGGAGGAGAAGACCUGUGCUGUGCAUAGUUGGCUCCAAAUUAAAAGAAACCCGUCACUUUCUUGCUGCCUGAUUAAUGAGACAUCAGGGCGGUCACUAGUGCCUUCUGCUUGCCCCGCUGGGCCUUGACUGAUAGAUGUCACCUAUACCUAACCUCCCUGAAACAAGGCCAUACUUGCUAGUUAAUGGGAUACUCUGCCCCUAGACAUCUUAUCGAUAAGAUGUCUGAUCACAGGGGUCUCGCCGCUGGGGACCCCCCGCGAUCUCCCUGCUGCACCCGGCAUUCAUUUAGAGCACCGAGUGAAACCCCGGAGGCUCGCGACGUCAUG